CAAUUGGAGACCAGACGGAGGUAGCAAGGCGACGCCCGCGUUCCGCAUUAGCACCGACUGAGAUGCGGCUGCUACCCGCGUGGACGAUACUGGCGGUGUCGGUCGCUCCACGCGCCCUGGCCUCUGUCGACAUGUCGUGCGACUGCCGUAUGUGGCACCUCAUGGACACCUCAGUGAGCCUGCACUGCACCAGAGGAAAGAAUGGGGCCUCUGUGGUUUCCUGCCAAAAAGCUGAGGUGCUGGACACUCCGCGGGGCUACCGCUACGUACCAGGCUACGCACUCAUCAGGCUGUCCCGCAUAUUCAUGACGUGGCCGGCGGCCAAGAAGACCUGCGAGGACGAGGGAGCACAGCUGGCAGUACCGCCAGACCAGUAUGCCUUUAAUGGGCUGAGGCGCAUCUUCUCCACUGUGCAGGGGAUAUGGUACGCCAACAUUGGAGUCACAGAUCAAGUCAGCGAGGGUGUAUUCCUGGAUAUACAUGGUCGACCGGUGUCGUAUCUUCCAUGGCAACCCAAUCAGCCCGACAAUUAUGGAGAUAAGGAGGACUGUGUCGACUUCAAUAUUGUCGGUUUAGCGAACGACGUGAAUUGCGAGAAUCCAGCGCCAUUCUUCUGCGAGCGCAGGCUUUCGGUGGGCGUACCACCUAUCUAUGUCUGGCAGGACGACGCAAGCCGCUUCUACAAGGUGCACACGGAGAAAAGAGUGUACGCAGAGGCAGCCAAGGUGUGCCGUUCCGAGAACGCUACGCUCGCUGUCAUUGACACGUGGCGCCGUGGUGAGGCACUACUGAGCCUCCUCGAGCCGAAAUAUGAGUUCUACCUAACUGGCUUCACGGAUGAGGCUGUUGAAGGUGACUUCGUUACUGAAACAGGCAGGCACCUAAGAGACAUGGAGUACCAAGUGUGGAAUCCUGGCGAGCCAAACAACUACGACGGUGGGAACCCCGAAAACUGCCUGGCUGUGUCCGGCAGGGGCUUCUACAAGGACGUGCGUUGCGAUCUGGAACUGCCUUUCAUCUGCGAGAUAGCGCCCAUGUAAUCAGUUGUGGUUCCCGGAAAACGGUGUCUGAGGGGACAGCUCUCUACCAUUACCGCAUAUCAAAAAUAAGGCAAUGGAAAGUAUGGACUGCCCUAGAUCUCAGUACACCAAUGAAGCCGAAUGAAAGACUGAACACUUUUG